CGGAGUCCGCUGUCGUCUCCGGGGCUUAGCCGCGUGGGAGCAGUGGGAGAGAUGAGGCAGAAGCAUUACCUUGAGGCUGCGGCGCGGCAACUAUACGAGAGCUGUCCGGGCCAGGCCCGGUAUCUCCUCUGGGCCUACAGUUCGUCACACGAUGAUAACACUUUUGAAGGAACAUGUCCAUACUGUUUCCAGUUGCUGGUCUCGGAUAACUCUCGAGUGCGCCUCAAACCCAAAUCCAAAUUGACACCCAAAAUACAGAAACUUCUUAACCGAGAGGCAAGAAAUUGUACACUCAAUUUUAAAGAAGCAAAAAUUGUGAAAAAAUACAAAGACUCCAGAAGUGUAUUGUUGAUUACUUGUAAAACAUGCAACAGAACAGUUAAACAUCAUGGUAAAAGUAGAAGCUUUCUAUCCACACUGAAGAGCAGCCCUACCACUCCUACGACUAAACUCAGCCCGAAGACACCAGAGAGAAAGACUCCGAGUUCCACAAACCUACAUCACACAUGUGGUUCCAAAGGCAAGAGGCCAGCCUUUGUAUUCAGGACACCGACAUCUGGACAGUCAACACCCACCUGCUCAAAGAGUGUGAGCAAAACUAAGAAACACUUCUCUAAAUUAAAAUUGUUGCUUAGUCGGAGUGAAUCCCAAAAGAAUUCAAAGGUGGACUUCAGAAAUUUCUUAUUGUCUUUGUAAAGGAUAGUCUGUGAAAUAAAUGUUUUGUUUUGUUUUUUUAAUGUUUAUUUACUUUCGAGAGAGAGAGACAGAGCUCAAGAAGGGAAGCGCCAGAGAGAGAGGGAGACACAGAAUCUGAAGCAGGCUCCAGGCUCUGAGAUGUCAGCACAGAGCCCGACGCGGGGCUCGAACUCACGAACCGCGAGAUCAUGAUCUGAGCCGAAGUCGGACGCUUAACCGACUGAGCCACCCAUGCGCCCCUGUGAAAAUAAAUGUUUAAUGCAACUCUGAAACUAAGUUAGUCAGAAAAACAUCUUUUCUAAAACUUUGAUUAUUUAAAUACAUGGAAACUAAGGUCCAAGAGCAAACUUCUCUGGGCUCUUUUCAGUGUUGAUGGAGAAAAUGCUUCAUUAAAAUUAAUAACUGAAACCUGUCUACUUCACAGGGUGGCUGUGAGGAUCAAAAAUAUAUGAAAGGUCCUUGUCAAUAGCAAAGAUAUUAUGGACAUUGAGUGAUUAUUAUUUUCUCUUCCCUUAAUUAGCAGUUUUCUUUCAUAAGGAAAUUGAGACCUUUAUGAAAGGGCCUACUCCUUUCUAGGUGUCUGUCAUUGCUAAUUCGGGAAAAGGAUCAAGUGUCCUUGUUUUCCACAAUCAUCUGCAUAACUGUAUUAGAAGAGCUGAACAUGAUUCUUGUUUUGCAUGCAAAAGUAAAUAUAUGGAACAUUCUUGAUUCUAAAUCAUUCAUAUACACAAAAUUUCAUUUUUACAAAUUUCUGUUGUUCCUAGUAAUAUCCUAGUAAUAUUUUAUAAUGUGUGGCAUUUCAUUUGCUUUGGUGAAGAUUUAUUUCUGUGCCUAAAAUUUACAGCAGAAUAUAACAUAGUAACAGUUUAGCUAUCUUAAACCUUUUCUGGAACAUAGAUAUACCAAAAUGAAAGGCUGGGGUUGUAUUCAACCUGUCUUUUAAAAAUUCUUUAAAUAAAUAAUUUAGAUACUUUAAA